AUGGAAGGCCUUCUCGCCGAAAUCAACAGCAAGAAGAAGGAUAUCUCAUCAGGAGACAAGUACCUCCGCCGCGGCGAUGCUCAGCGCGCGAAAGAGGAGGAGGAGACACGGAGGAAGGAACAGGCCAGCAAGAGGAAGGUGGACCAAGUAGACGCGGCACCCGAGAGCCGAGCGUCGAAACUGCGUAAAGAGGCGGACGCCGCGCGCAACGCAUCCCUCGCGCGCCUGCGCGAAUCGCGCAGGCCAACACCUACAUCUACAGCCGGUUCACCAGCACCUGAGGAGGAGAAGGAACGUUACAACCUUCCACCAGAGGAGUGUAUCCGGCGCUUGCGGUCGCAUGGUCAGCCUAUCCGUCUGUUCGGCGAGACGGACCGCGACCGGCGGUUGCGCCUGCGCGCGAUAGAGCUCGAGGACGAGCGUGGCGAUAAGACGAAGUCGCGGCAGGAUGACUUUAAGCGCGCCGUGGCAGAGCGCGAGCGCGAGGAGGCGGAGCGGCGCGCGCGAGGCGAGGUCGUCAAGGAAGACAAGAACGUCGAGAAGAUGAAGAAGUACACGGACGGCGGGCCGCUCGAUCUCGGGUUGAUCAAGAGUGACUUCAAAGCGCUGCACCCGCUCCUCUACUGGUACUUUAAGGCGAUGCUCAAGGAGUGGGAGGAGUACCUCGAAUCGCGGCCAGACGACGUCAAGCGGACGGCGCAAGGCAAACUGGCAAGCGCAAAUCAUGCGCAGAGCGCGCAGAACCUAAAGCCCCUCUUCCGGGGAUUGAAGAACCGGGACCUUCCAGAAGACGUUGUGCGCCUCCUGGCAGAAGUGGUCCACUAUUGUCAGUCCCGGCUGUACUCGAAAGCGCAGGACGCGUACCUGCGCCUCUCGAUCGGCAAUGCUGCGUGGCCGAUCGGCGUCGUGUCGGUCGGCAUCCACGAGCGCUCGAACCAGGGCAAAAUCUCGGACAACGUCGCACACGUCCUCAACGACGAGGUGUCGCGCAAGUACAUCCAGGCAGUGAAGCGCCUCAUGACCUUUGCCCAAACCGUACGCCCACCUGACUCGAUCUCGCACAUGAUGGGAUAG